AAAGCGCGAACAAUGUACACAUUAACACAGUCAUAAUUGUCUGCUGUUGUCGUUUUUAUUCAUCCUAUGAGGUUUGGUGGGUGUAGCCGGAAAUAACAGGCAAUGCCUGCCUUUACUGAAUUUUGUUCUCUGCGCGCUCUGAUUAGGCGGAAGUGAGAAUCAGUUCUACGGUACUGUGUUGACACCGUUUCAUUCCGUUGUGGUCUGACUGGAUUCAACCGCGGCUCCAUCAGUGUUGUGUUCAAGCCCCACGAGUGGGAGCCCGGAUUGGAGCCUAUGGAGCCGCAGGACGUAGACGAGCCACGGGGGCCGGUGAUCCACAUCGUCGUGGUCGGCUUUCAUCACAAGAAGGGCUGCCAGGUGGAGUUUUCGUACCCUCCGCUGAUGCCGCACGAGGGUCACGAUAGCAACGUGCUGCCCGAGGAGUGGAAGUACCUCCCGUUCCUGGCGCUGCCCGACGGAGCGCACAACUACCUGGAAGAUACGGUCUACUUCCAUCUCCCCCCGCUUGGCAGAGACACCAAGUGCGUCUACGGUGUGUCCUGCUACCGGCAGAUCGAGGCCAAGGCGCUGAAGGUCCGACAGGCCGACGUGACCCGUGAAACGGUGCAGAAGAGCGUCUGCGUGCUGAGCAGGGUGCCUCUGUUCGGUCUUGUCCAAGCCAAACUGCAGCUCAUCACACACGCUUACUUUGAGGAGAAAGACUUCUCUCAAAUUUCCAUCCUGAAGGAACUUUACGAGCACAUGAACGGCUCCUUGAGGGGCUCCGCUCUGGACGGCUCGCAGGUCUUCCUCGGCUUGUCACCGCGAGAUCUCAUCCUGCACUUCAGACACAAGGUUCUCAUCCUUGUCAAGCUCAUCCUGCUGGAGAAGAAGGUCCUCUUCUACGUGUCGCCCGUCAGCAGACUCGUGGGAACGCUGAUGACAGUCCUGUCGUUGUUCCCAGGCAUGAUGGAGCACGGCCUGGUGGAGUCUUCGCACUACCAGCCCAAGAGCAGCCCGUCGGAGGACCCGAACCUAGCGGCGAGCGUCUCAGGGGCCGAGGAGUUUGAGGCGGUGUCCGCCUCGGAGCUGCUGCGGGGCGAUGGGGACGCCCGGGGGUCGCCCUCCAGCAACGGCGCCGAGCCUCACCUCAAGCCGCCCUCCCGCGCAUCCCCCGAGUCAUCGGAGAGCGACUGGGAGACGUUGGAUCCCGGCGUGCUGGACGAGGGGGCGGAGGGCAAGGCGCCGGCCGUGCCCAUCACGGUGCAGCCGCUCGGGGGGCAGGGCGCCGUCGCACAGGGGCUGCUGUCCGGUCUGGAGGAGGACCAGUAUGGCAUGCCGCUUGCCAUCUUCACCAAAGGUUACCUGUGUCUCCCAUACAUGGCGCUGCAGCAGCACCACCUUCUGUCCGAUGUGUCGGUACGCGGCUUUGUCGCCGGGGCAACCAACGUCCUCUUCCGUCAGCAGAGGCACCUAAGCGAUGCCGUGGUGGAGGUCGAAGAGGCCAACAUCCAGAUCCACGACGGCGAGUUGCGCAAAGUUUUGGGCCUGACCACGGCCGACCUGCGCUUUGCGGACUACCUGCUGAAGCAUGUGACGGAGAACCGAGAUGACGUCUUCCUGGACGGGACCGGCUGGGAGGGCGGCGACGAGUGGAUCCGGGCACAGUUCGCGGUCUACCUCCACGCUCUGCUGGCGUCCUGCUUGCAAGAAGAUAACGAGAGGCUGCUGGCGGAUUACGGCACCCCUUUCAUCACCAGCUGGAAGGUCACGCACAACUACCGCCUGUGGCACAGCAACAAGCAUGCCGCCAUGGCCGCCGUCACGCCCGGACAUCCGUUCCAGGGACAGUACAGCGUUGCCGAUGUUAAACUGCGUCUGACACACUCGGUGAACAACAGCGAGCGCGGCAAGAAGAUCGGCAAUGCCAUGAUGACCACCAGCAGGAGUGUGGUCCAAACCGGGAAGGCCGUCGGUCAGUCAGUGGGCGGAGCUUUCACCAGCGCCAAGUCAGCCAUGUCGUCCUGGUUCUCCACCCUGGCCCAGCCAGCUGCCGCCUCCCACCCGGAGACUGCCGCUGACCAGGCUCAACCGUGACCCCACUCGUGUCAGGUUGGUCCCCUAACGGACCCCCACCCCCACCCCCUCCCCUGCUACCAGAGACUUGACCCUCUUGGCAACAAAGUGGCGCCGACGUGAUUGCACUGUUCACAUCACUGCUGUUUUGGAUCGCUGGAGUACCUUCUGUGAAGCACGACGGAUGCUCUCAACUUUAAUGUCAUCCGCAUUUACCACGACACCAGUCCAGCUGUCAUGACACUGUGGUUGCCUUGGUAACAGCAUGGUUACUUUGGGUCAGGUUUUGGGCGGAGAUAUUGUGCUGCUUAAUCAAAAUGGGGAAAUAUCAACAUUUUGGGGAAUUUUUUUAGUCACAAAAGACAAACCAAUUCACUGUUGACUGUGUAAAGGUUACGACCUUAGCAAGUUGCAGUUUAUGCACACAUUUUUAAAGCAGUUUUAUAAUGCUCAAGUUCCCCUUCUAUAAAAUAUUUAGGCUAUUGAUGUGCUUAUUUCAACUGAUCAGUAACAGGUAAUUUGGGGCUUUUCAAAACCAUAGAAAUAUAUUUGAGAAGGCUCUUUUAGCUGAAAUACACCAGUAAGUAAGACAUUUUGAGACAUAAAAGGUUUUUCCGUGAGUAAUAUUUCCGACAAUCUGCAAAAAAAAAAAAAAAAUCAAUGCUGUUACUUGAACAGGCACAUUGUCAUGACAAUUAUCCUUGUGUAUAAUUCAAUUUCCUGAAUGAAAACUGACAACCUUCA